AUGCUGCUACGUUACUUACAACCUUCAUCUGAACAUCAACUCAAACGCCAACGAAGUGAGCUUUUGACGGUACUCGUCCUUUUGAUCAGCAUCGUUGUGUGGAUGGUAGUCGGCGUUUCUUACGCCGUACCUUUGAUUAAAUUAGAAAAAAAGACAAAAGUAUUAGAAGUAAAACCUUCUCCUUCUUUGAGUACUGAAGAGAAAUGCUCUAGCACUUGCAGGAUUGAAAUCACUGAAGAUUUUCCUGAAAAUUUACCUUUCGACUACUCUCAGCUGAAAUUUAAUAACAGCUACACCAUUUUCACAGAUCUUUUCGAGAAUGCUCGUGAAGAGAUUCUCAUAAUGGCAUCUUCAAGUAAUCUUCGUGCCAAGGAAUACGAUCACGAAUAUCGUGAACGUUACGCUAAGCGGGGUAACGAAAUCUAUGAACUACUGAAAAAACGAGGCUUGAUCGAUGAUAUUAGAAUUCGUUUGAUCGACGUUGGGGGAGAAGUUGAUUCCGUCAAAUACCGUGAUGCAGAAGAACUACAUCGUUUGGGAGCUCUCGAACGGCGAACUCAUGACACAAUGCCGAUGGUUAUUCAACAUUCAAAGUCAAUCAUUGUCGAUGAUGUUCACAGUCUUAUCACCUCGGCUAAUUUAGAUUAUUUAUCGUUACAACAGAAAGGUGAAUUAGGUGUUCUAGUGAAGAAUUGCCCUUGCUUCGCGGCUGAUCUGAAACAAAUUUACAACAAUAUGUGGAAUUCAGCUGGAGGAAGUCUAGUAGUUUUCCAGAGCCAAUCACCCUACAAUCACCAGAAUCGACUCAGAAUCGGGAAAACACAGAUCCAUACAGCUAUUUCACCUGAUAUCAUGAGAGAAUCAGGACGUGACAGUGAAUUGAACGAAAUUUUGAGACUCAUCAACGAAGCUGAAAAAGAAGUUCACAUAUCAGUAAUGGACUUUGUUCCAUUUUUCCACUUCAUGAAUUCAAACCAAACAAUGUCCGAAAUGAGUGAAGCCGUUAUUAAUGCCGCCAGUCGGGGCGUCAAUGUUCGGAUAAUGACCAUGUCAAGACAUUCAAAUUUUAGAGCAGAAACUUUGCAAUAUUUCCAAAAACUCUCAAGACAUUCAUCAAAUAUCGAAAUCAAGCUUCAUUCCUUCCCAUACGAAAAUGUGUAUAUGGAUCGUAAAUCUCAUGGUAAAUCCGUUUUGACUGAAAAAGAAUUUUUGAUCUCAACUUCAAACUUCACUCCGGAUUAUUUCUAUGCCGACACUGGUUUGAGUGUAGUCAUCAAAGAGGACUCUGUGCAGAAACCUCUAAUGAGAAUGAUUAAAGAAAUCAAUAGGAGGUAUUGGAAUGGACCAUAUUCUUACGACCUAGAAUAUUAUGUGAAAAUGUGUUCACCAAUUUCUUUAGACAAAGAUAUUUGUGACGCUAUCAACUCUCUUCACGCUGACAGAAUACGACGUGUAUAG